AUGGCAAAGCGCACCUCCAGCUCCUCAUCGGACCCGGAGCCCCUAGAACUGGACCCAGUCUCCGAAUGGCGCGCCUGGCAAGCCCUCGCCGUCUUCUUCACGGUCCUCCUAAACCGCCAAUUGCGCCGCCGUUGGCUCCUCGAACAUAAAAGCAUGGAAGACCGACCCGUCUCUCAACGCUUCCAACCGGUCAUCUUCUUCGAGCCCAUCCCAAGUCUCCACAAACCAUGCAUCCCAUUCCCAAACACACCCACCAGCAAGGCAACCGACAAAUACAAUCCCUACAACAUCGAAGCCCUAGCCGCCCUGAAAACGCGAGUCCACCUUCUCCGCGGCCGCGUCGAAAAGGGCAAAGAACUCGCCUCCGAGAUCGAGCGCCGCAUGCUCAAUCCGCGGAUUACCUUCCCCACGCACUUCUGCCAUACGUGUGUGGUCGGUGGCGAUGAGGUCGAUGUGCUUUUGACCAAUGUAUGA